AUGAUGGAAUUGGAUAAUGUUCUUUCUGUUAUGCACAUUGUCCUGGAUGGCAACGGGGAUGAUGGUCCUUCAGUGGCAGGUCAAGAGGGAAUUGAGAUGGUCCUUCAGUGGCAGCCUGAUGGGUUGAAUCCGGUUGCUUGUGGGCCUCGGGUGGGCUUGUUUGGUCCGAAACUGCAUGAUAAACGGGUAAGCAGUUUGCGGGUCCGCCUACUCCGCACUAUCCACAACCGGGCGGGGCUUGGGUCUGCGUUUUACGCCCGAUCCAGUAAUCCGACCGCCCGCCACCCGCUAUCGAGUUACCUCUUCCUCCGCUCUCUUCCUCCGCCCUCCAGAUCCUGCAGAAGCCUCCGCCUAUCUACCUCGAUCCUCCCUCUUCUCCUUCGGAGCACCCAGGAUGCCCUAGUCCUCGACGGAUGGGAGGAGGAGGAGGAGGAGGAGGAGGAAGAAGCGGCGGAGGAGAUGAAGUACUUGGUGGAGGUGGAGAAGGGGAGGGAGGGGGUCGAUGGUGGGCCCUCGGUGGGGCCCGUUUACCGGAGCGUCUUCGCUGAGGACGGUUUCCCGCCGCCGAUCCCCGGCCUCGAUAGUUGCUGGGAUGUUUUCCGUAUGGCGGUGGAGAAGUAUCCGAAUAAUAGGAUGCUCGGUCAGCGUGAGAUUGUUGAUGGAAAGGCUGGUAAAUAUGUUUGGAAGAGUUACAAAGAAGUGCAUGAAAUUGUUAUGAAAGUUGGGGCUUCGAUUCGGAGCUGCGGAGUUGAGCAGGGUCGUCGUUGUGGUAUCUAUGGUGCCAAUUGUCCUGAGUGGAUGAUCAGUAUGCAGGCCUGUAAUGCUCAUGGGAUUUAUUGCGUUCCCUUAUAUGAUACUCUUGGUGCUGGUGCAGUAGAAUUCAUUUUAUGUCAUGCAGAAAUUCAGAUUGCUUUCGUGGAGGAAAAAAAGAUUGGAGAGAUGCUGAAGACCUUCCCCAAUUCAACCAAAUUCUUGAAAACAAUUGUGAGCUUUGGCAAGGUAAACACGGAACAAAGAGAAGUGGCGGAGAAACACGGUUUGGCAUUCUAUUCUUGGGAUGAUUUUUUGCAGCUGGGAGGUAGUCAACAGUUUGAUCUUCCAGUGAAGGAAAAGGCAGAUAUAUGUACUAUAAUGUAUACUAGUGGAACAACUGGUGAUCCCAAGGGGGUAAUGAUCUCCAAUAGAAGCAUUCUCUCUCUUAUUGCUGGUGUGAAUCGACUGCUUCAUUGUGUGAAUGAACAGUUGCAUGAAUAUGAUGUUUAUAUGUCUUAUCUUCCCCUUGCGCAUAUCUUUGACCGGGUGAUUGAAGAGUUGUUCAUUUUUAAUGGUGCCUCGAUUGGAUUUUGGCGUGGGGAUGUUAAAUUGUUAGUUGAGGACAUUGGGGAGCUGAAACCAACGAUAUUCUGUGCUGUUCCACGUGUGCUGGAACGGAUUUAUACAGGAUUGCAAGAUAAGAUAUCUUCUGGGGGCUUACUGAAGCAUACAUUGUUUAAUGUUGCUUACAAAUACAAGCAAUUUAACAUGUUGAGAGGGAGUAAGCACGAGGAUGCUGGUUUUAUUGUUGAUAAAGUAGUUUUUAAUAAGGUAAAAGAAGGACUAGGUGGGAAUGUUCGUCUAAUCUUAUCUGGAGCUGCCCCUCUAGCUACACAUGUUGAAGAAUUUCUACGUGUGGUGUCAUGUGCCCAUGUUCUACAAGGCUACGGUCUUACGGAGACCUGUGCUGGGACCUUUGUGUCAUUGCCAAAUGAAAUGUCCAUGUUAGGAACUGUGGGCCCACCAGUACCAAAUGUUGAUGUACGCCUGGAGUCUGUUCCUGAAAUGGGGUAUGAUGCUCUUUCAGAAUCAUUCCCUCGUGGUGAAAUCUGCAUCAGAGGGGAUACCUUGUUCUCGGGAUACUAUAAGCGUGAAGAUCUCACAAAGGAGGUUCUGACUGGGGGGUGGUUCCACACUGGUGACGUUGGAGAGUGGCAGCCAGAUGGAAGUAUGAAAAUCAUUGACCGGAAGAAAAACAUUUUUAAACUUUCACAAGGAGAAUAUGUUGCAGUUGAAAAUUUGGAGAACAUUUAUGGUCUAGUACCUGCUAUAGACUCGAUUUGGAUCUAUGGAAAUAGUUUUGAGUCCUUCCUUGUUGCUGUAAUUAAUCCCAAUAAGCAAGCUCUCGAGUGCUGGGCUGAAGCAAAUGGAGUAAGUGGGGACUUUGCCGCACUAUGUGAGAAUCCUAAAGCAAAAGAAUUCAUUUUGGGAGAACUUUCGAAGAUCGGUAAAGAAAAGAAGCUUAAAGGAUUUGAGUUCAUAAAAGCUAUUCACCUUGAACCUGUACCAUUUGACAUGGAUCGCGACCUGCUUACUCCAACAUACAAAAAGAAGCGUCCGCAGCUGCUCAAGUAUUACCAGAAUGUCAUCGAUAACCUAUACAAAAGCGCCAAAUGAGGUAUCAGGGCAAGAAUUCCUUCGAUUCGAAAGAAGCUUCCAGCACUUGCUGCCAAGGACUCUCUGUCACUGCAUCUUACAUUCGGAACAAUCAUGAAUAGCUCUAAUGUAAAUAUCAAUAUACUACUGAGACGAGGUGGUGAAACUAAUUUUCAUUAUCGUGUUCGUGCAUAAUAUAGUACAAAGUCUUUGGCUAACAAGAUCAACAUCUUUAUUGAUACUCUGAAGGCCAUAGCUGCUUCCAAAGUGUGUGAGAUGAUUCUACCCAUUUGGUUGUUCACAAUGGAUUGAUCAAUAAUUGCUGCUCUUGGAUUUCUGUUCUCUCUAGUUUCUGUUUAGGGUCAGAUUUUCUUAUAUUUUUACUUGUUUAAGGGGUGUCAUAAGAACGAUGUAAUGCGCGCUGGAGAUGAAUUAUAGAUCUGAUUUAACAUUUAAUUUUCUUGUA